AUGUUCUUGACACAGCGGAGUAUGUAGACGGCGGGGAGCUGGCCUGUACAGUGGUGACAUCUAGCUCCGGUAGUUCGGCCGCCGUCCGCCAGGGUCCGCUGUCUCCGUCCAUUAGAGCGAUCAGCUGAUCGUGCAGCGGGACCGGGAGUUUGGUGCUCGGGAGUCCGCCGAGUGCGUGCGUGGAGGCCGGUGGUAUCGUGACGGAGAGUGGUGCAUUAUGGUGUUCUGUUGCUCGAGGCCAGAAAUACAGCGAGGACCGCAUCCAGAGCCAUGUGUGUACUGAAGUAGUACAGAACAGAGGAAGAACAGAACAAAUUGGCGACGAGGAUUAUUUUGGAAGGAUUGCAAGGAACCACGCCAGACGAGAGCCGUCGCCGCCACCGCCUCCGGCAUUGGACGAGUCCACUCUCAAAUGAAAAGGGGAGGAACGUAGGGGUCAAGGUGAACAGCUGAUCAGCUGAUCAGAGAAAAAGUAAACAAAGAUGGCUGCGCCCUAUUUGCCCAGUGUCAGACAGUUCAGAAAGGGUGAAGAUUUUGAAGUUUGGAUGAAAUCACUUGAGUACUAUUGUUUAGCGAUAGGAGCCGUUGAGCCUGAACGGAAAAAGGGACUGCUGCUGCAUCUUUUGGGCCCAGAAAUGCAAGAAAUAUAUGAAACUCUGCCAACAAUGGAAGAGAGGAAGGUGAAUACCGUGAAUGAAUCACCAGAGGUGUAUGACAUGUAUCACAUGGCAGAAAAGGCACAACCCUCAUAUCAGGUGGCUGUAACUCUGGAAAAUGAACCAGUCACCAUGGAUGUGGAUACGGGAGCAGCCCGUUCUAUCAUGAGCUACCUCAGCUUCAAGAAGAUGAAGAUGAGUAAGAAGAUGGAACCCACCAGUGUAAUCCUCAGAUCAUAUGGAGGACAGCGGUUGAAAGUGAAGGGCAAAGUGAACGUCACAGUGGAGAUCAAUGGACAGAGAAAAGACCUGGAUCUACUGCUGGUGGAAGGAGAUGGUCCUGCUCUGAUGGGAAGAGAUUGGAUCUCUGCUCUCCAACUGGAUCUGACAGGACUCAUCAGUGUGGUUCAGUCAGAGGAAGGAGGGAGCUGGCAAGUUCAAGAGCUCAUGAACAAGUAUGCAGACUUGUUUUCAGACAAACCAAGUACCUGCACCUUUGAAGCAAGACUGCAAGUGGAUGAAACAAUGCCAGCCAAGUUCUACAAAGCAAGACCAGUUCCUCUGGCAAUGAAGCAACUGGUGGAAGAUGAGAUCAACCGACAAGUACAGAAGGGAGUGCUGGAGCCUGUCUCACACUCAGAGUGGGCAGCCCCAGUAGUGACAAUCGUCAAACCAGACAAGAAGUCAGUCCGACUCUGUGGAAGCUAUGAUUUGACAGUGAAUCAGGCAAGCAGGCUGGAACGGUAUCCAAUGCCUCGCACUGAGGAGCUGCUGACCCAGUUGUCGGGUGGUCAACGAUUCACAAAGUUGGACCUGAAGGAGGCCUACCUCCAGCUUCCGCUUCAGGAAGAGAGUCGCAAGUACAUGGUAAUCAAUACUCACAAAGGCCUCUUCAUGCCCAAGAAGCUGCAGUAUGGGGUCUCCUCAGCCCCAGCUAUCUGCCAGAGGUACAUGGAGAGUCUGCUGGCAGGGAUACCACACACAGUAGUCUUUCUCGACGAUGUGUGUAUCACAGGGAAAAACCAAGAGGAGCAUCUCAGCAACCUGGAAGAGGUGUUGAGGAGGCUGCAUGAUGCAGGGCUGCGCCUGAACCCAAAGAAGUGUUCAUGGUUCCAGUCAGAGGUGCAGUACCUCGGGUUCAAAGUGGACAGCCAAGGGAUCCAUGCUACAGAGGAGAAAUUGAAGGCGAUCAAAGAAGCUCCUGCACCAACGAAUGUUCACCAACUGAAAAGCUACCUGGGCUUAAUCAUGUACUACAACAAGUUCAUGAAGAACCUAUCAACGGUGGCAGAACCACUCUACAGACUCCUGAAAAAGGGUCAAGUUUGGGAGUGGGGAAAACAGCAACAAGCCAGCUUCAACAAGACGAAGGAGCUACUCUGCUCUGCUCCAUGCCUCACUCACUACCGAGCCUCCGCUCCGCUGGUGGUGUCAGCUGACGCCAGUCCGGUAGGAGUCGGGGCAGUUCUCUCCAUAGUGGAUGAAGCAGGCGAAGAACGUCCAGUGGCGUACGCGUCACGCUCGCUGAACAGCACAGAGCGGAACUGGAGUCAGCUGGACCGAGAGGGAUUGGCCAUCGUCUUCGCAGUGAAGAAAUGGCACAGUUUUCUGCUGGGCCGAGCGGGCGUCACCAUCAAGACAGAUCACCGUCCGCUACUGGCUCUGCUCGGACCAGACAAGCAGCUACCGCUGAUGACGUCACCGAGGAUUCUUCGUUGGAGAACGAUCCUGUCAGCGUAUCAGUACACUUUGGUGUACUCGCCUGCUCACAAACAGCGGAACAGCGACGGACUCAGUCGUAAUCCGCUGCCUCUGGAGGAUGAUGCCACGCCACCAGUACCAGCAGAAACAGUCAUGAUGCUGGAGACGCUGGAGAAGACGCUGCUGAAGUCUGAGCAGAUCCGCAAGUACACGGCUACAGAUCCGGUGUUGAGCAAAGUCAUGACGCAUGUUGCUCAAGGAUGGCCAGACAAAGUGGAGGACCAGCUGAAAUCCUUCCAGAACCGGAAGACAGAACUCAGCCUCGAGAUGGGUUGUCUUCUCUGGGGGAACCGUGUGGUGGUUCCAGAGAAGCUGCAAGGCAGGCUUCUUCGGCUGCUACACGAUGGUCAUCCUGGAAUCGGUGCGAUGAAGGCGACUGCACGCUCGACAGUCUGGUGGCCAGCAAUGAACAACGCCAUCGAGAACACUGUCAAGUGCUGUGAGCGCUGUCAACAGCAUCGCAGCUCAGCACCGCCGGUAGAAAUGCGACCAUGGAGAAUUGAAGAUCGGCCAUGGACCCGACUUCAUCUCGACUACGCUGGACCAAUAGAAGGAAAAUGGCUGCUGAUUGUUGUAGAUAGCACCAGCAAGUGGAUCGACGCUCAUGUGACGUCAACACCAUCUGCAACAGCAACCAUCAGCAAGCUGAGAGUAACAUUUGCAACGCACGGACUGCCGUCAGUGGUGGUAACUGACAAUGGCACCGCAUUCACCAGUGGCGAGUUCGCGGCGUUCCUGCGAGCAAAUGGAGUUCGACAUCUGAGAACCCCAGCGUACCAUCCGUCAUCAAACGGACAGGCGGAAGCCGCAGUAAAAGUGGUGAAAGAAGGACUGAAGAAGUAUGUGGAAGGCACACUCGAAGUUCGGCUGACGCGCGUUCUGUUCAAGUACCGAACGACGCCGCAUUCAACAACCAGGCAGACGCCAGCUGAAGUGCUGAUGGGCCGGAAACUCCGAACGCACCUCGAUCUGGUUUUCCCAGACCUCCGAAGCACAGUCGAGUUUCAGCAAGACCAGCAAAUCCUGAGGAAGAAGGCACAGUCUCGUCAAUUCAAGAUUGGUGACUCUGUGUACGUCUCGGAAGUGGGAAGAGGAGAGCCGAGGUGGCAUGCUGCAGUCGUAACGUCCGUCCGCAGUCAGCUGUGCGAACUGAAGCUGGAUGAUGGUCGGGUGUUCACUCGACAUAUCGAUCACAUACGAGGUCGUGAAAGCAAGAAUGAAGCUGAAAGCCAGGAAGACAGAAGACCGAGACAGCUGAACGAAGAAGAAGAAGAAAGACUACGCCAAACGAAACAACCGAGAGAGGAGGAAGAAAGAAACUACGAAGGAAGAAGAGAAGACGAAACCGAUCAAAAAUCACAGUGGUCAAAGAAGACAAAUCGAGCAGAGAAGGUGGACGAACAAACGAAACAGAAGAAGGACGAAAGGAAUAUGGAAACAGAAGAAAUGAAGAAAGACGCCAGCAGUAACGUAUCCGAGCCUACUGCAGAGCUGAACAAGCCGGUGGGAGGUCAUCAUACGGAGGAAGGAAACCGUGGCGACGCGGUUAUUCCGAGCUCCGCGGCUACAGCUGGUGACUCCGGGGAACAGUCGGUUUCUGGUGCACACCGGUAUGCGCUCCGUGACCGAUCUCGACUCCGACCUCCGGACCGGUAUGGAUCUACGUGAACCUGUCAAGUGAAUGACGAGUGUUGGAUUGUUCGUGGAUUGUUUUUUGUUAGUUUUGUUCCGCGUAUCAGUUUUGGGUCUGAAAGAUACUGUCGCUGUGCCAACGGGGUAUGUUGUGUCGCAAAUGCAUUAUUAUCGUAUGAACAGUGCGGAUUAUGUAGGGGGUAGAACUUAAAAAGCUAAGGGAAGAGGAAUUGUUAUGUUCUUGACACAGCGGAGUAUGUAGACGGCGGGGAGCUGGCCUGUACAGUGGUGACAUCUAGCUCCGGUAGUUCGGCCGCCGUCCGCCAGGGUCCGCUGUCUCCGUCCAUUAGAGCGAUCAGCUGAUCGUGCAGCGGGACCGGGAGUUUGGUGCUCGGGAGUCCGCCGAGUGCGUGCGUGGAGGCCGGUGGUAUCGUGACGGAGAGUGGUGCAUUAUGGUGUUCUGUUGCUCGAGGCCAGAAAUACAGCGAGGACCGCAUCCAGAGCCAUGUGUGUACUGAAGUAGUACAGAACAGAGGAAGAACAGAACAGGGGAGAGGUGGGAAUA